AUUAUAUUUAAAGUUGAUAUAAAUAUCAAUAAUAUAAAUUAACGAAUUGAAAGGAAGUGAAAGUGCUGAAAUAUUAAAGACGAUCAUAAUUAUAUACAGUGAAAGAAAAUGGGACGUGCCAAUUUGUCAAUUGUGAGUUUUAACUCAUCCAGAAGAGGACUCAAUUCAUUGAAGACAUCGGAAAGGAGCACAUAUCUUAAGAGCAUUUUUGAGGGAUCUUCGCCCGAUAGUUGUCUACUCCCCGGCGAUGACAAAGCUAUGUCUAUGAAUGCUGUGGUUGGCUACGGACAGUAUCAGGUCAUAUCGGCCGACGGGACAGUUCUGUUGUAUGACAAUAAAAGGAUUAGUAUGAGUGAACCACAGGUCAGUCUGAACAGUUUUGGACCACUGCCGGAACUUUACACAUACAAAAUGGUGUGCCCCAGUGUUCAAGUGUUGGAUGGACGGUCCGUUGUAAAAGAGUUUUCGCUCGUGUCCUGGAAAUACACAAUGUUUACGGAAUCUAAGGAAAGGACAAGGACCCUUGAAAGUACGAUAGUUUUUUCUCAAAGGCUUGCAUUUUCAACCGGAAAACCUGUUUUUAUUGGGGGUGAAAUGGCCAUCGAUUGCGAAACCAUUCAAACGAUAACGACGAACCUUUCGCAGAAGGGAAAAGAAAGGUUUUUGUCUGACGCCCAGUCUGAAAUGGUAGAGCACGCCUUCCUACCGUCCACGACAAGUGCCACGUUUCGGGACAGGCGACAUCUCUUUGAACUGAAACUGUACAGAUGCAAAAGUGGUCCAAUGCUUUCUUCAAGCGGAAGUCAACCUGAUUGCUUCAUUUCUUCUAAGAUCCUGGAGCUCUCCGAAGCAAAGCUGGUAGACGUGGAGAAGGUCUGUAGCAGGCAGUGUAAACUAGAAACGCUGCGAAAGAUCUGCCCUACGGAGACGACCGUGACCAUUCCCCAGCGUCCACCACGGCACCAGGGUGGCUAAUAUUAUUUACUGAAUAAUAUCCGACAGCUCAAGAAAGACAUCCGUCGAGUGAAUGUUAUUUGCAAACUCUUUUCAUGCCUACUGAACGUUUAAUGUGUUUUAAAAUCGACUUUUUCUACGAAAACAACUGUGAAUUUGUGAUAGGCUUUUGUAUCGAAUCUGGUCGUAUUGAUCGGAAUCGGAGGCCAAAAACUUAAAUACUGGCCAUAACUAAAAAUACAUUCAAGAUAUUCAAGUGCAACUGUGUACACGUAUUAAUACAAAUGCGCACAUUUGUAACAAUGCUAUUCACUUAGGAAUAAUAACUUUUAAACUAAAACAACAGACAAACAUUAAUUUGCAUCUGCAUUUAUCGCUAUUGUUUAAGGUAUUGUAACAGAAAAUAUAAAAAAAAUAAUAUUAUCGCUGAUGAUAAUAAAUAUCGAUUACCUGCAGUUACACCAUCGGAAACAAUGGACAUUACAACAUAGUGUCAAUAAAGAGUUCAAUGAAUGUUUGACUGUUUUUAAUUGUUUUAUGCACUAAAUGAUAACAUUUUUAAGAUUAAGCUUUUUGAAGUGGACAGUUUUACUGAUUAUAUAAACAAGUUAAAAGUUGAUUGUUACGUUCACAGUUUUUACUACGUGUUAUGCGUUUUUGUAAGAUAACUAUACAUUGUCAGGCUAGUAGCAAACAUGUUAUCUUUAAAUGAAACCGGUUUUGUAUCAGUCAGUGGCGAAACAAAUAUAAAUAAAUCUGAUCAGGGACACAAUGCUUGAUGCUAAACGCACUUGGGUGCAUAUUCCUUAAAAACAUGUUUUUUUUUGUAGUUAUUCUUUUGAUAAACAUAAUACAGCCUUCUUAUGUACAUGCUUGUAACUCAGGAUUCUAU